UAUGAAGGAACGCCUGCUUGUUUCAUACAGUUCAACUUAAUUUUGAAGUAAAAUAUAAUAUAAAGGCCAUGUAGAAAAAUGCCAGAAGAUCUAAGAAAAUCAGACACGAAAAAUGAUCAGACGACCUGGGAAAAGAUCCAGAUCCCCUAUGACCCUGAUUGUCUGAGCUGUAAGAUCGUUGGCAUGGUGACACUGUAUGGAGCUGGUGCAUUAGUUCUAAGUUAUGUGCCAAGAGUGCCAAAGACCAACCCUGCAGGCAAGGUCGCCAUGGCUGCAUUUGGCAUAAGUUUAUUUGGAGUUGGUACAAUGCGGUUUUUUGUCAAGUGAAGAGGCAUACAGAAAAAAAACCGCCAAGGAGAAAUAAAAGGGAUGUGAUAAUAUUGUAAAUAAAAGACAUAAUCCAUA